AAGCCCUUGGAUGGCUUCGAUCGAUAUUAGAUGCUAUUCGUUAGGGUAAUUUAGUAAGCCCGGAAAAUCAUAAAACCAGCAAACAAAAAUUCGAUUCAGCGCUUCGAACGAACGCUCAAUUUCUCCAAAGGAAGUAAGAAGAGAAUUGGAUUCAGUUGAUCAGUUCCUUGUUGGGGUGCUUUUGCGGAAUCAGCUGCUUAGCAAAAUGAAUGGCAGAGGCCGAGUUAGAUGGGACGAGGCUAAUAUUGGAGAAAUUGAAGCAAAUAAACCUGUAAGGCAGAAAAUUACUGAGCCGAAGACGCCAUACCACCCCAUGAUGACCGAUGAUGAGUAUGGAUCUCUGUCUCCUAUGCGGGGGGGUACCUUCGAUGAUUGUGUUGGUGAUGCAGAUCAUGCAGAAGCAAUACGAACUGCUUUGAGUGAUGUGGCAUCAUCAAGUGGAAAGAGCACCCAACGGUCUACUGGCUGGACAUCAUCUGAGGAUGAGGCUGAUGCUAUGGAACAAGAUGAUGAAGAUUCUGAGAAAAGCAAGAGUUUUAGGGAGCACAGAAGAGCCCAUUAUGAUGAAUUCCAGAAAGUAAAAGAACUCAGGCGGAAAGCUUCUUUGCUCGAUGAUGAAGAGGAGGACGAGGACGAGAACCUUGACACAGAUAAGGAGAAGGAGAAGAAAUCUGGUUCCUCUUCGUUAACUGCCGGUGUCAAAGAAAUAGAUAUCGACAAAGAUGUUACCUCAUCAACCAAAAACUCUUCCGGACCUCCGGCAAAUGACGCUUAGAAGAUCAAGCCAAAGCUAAGACUUCCUUUUAUCAUUUUACUGACAUUUGGAUUACAGUUUUUGGUUCCUUCUUGAUAAGAAUAUGCUCAUCUGACUGCAAUUUGUAUCUUUUUAUUAAGCUUUUUGUUUGUAAAUAGUUCAACUUUAUUUCCCUUUCAUAAAAAUGUCCGAGACCGAGAGAUAUUUUUGUUUAAA